CUAACCUCAUGGAAUGUGGCGGUUCCAUGUUUCCAACCCCUGGACCCCCAGACCCUGUAUGUGACUUAAGUGCCCUACGUCCUCAAGUCUUUUUACGCCAACUUAAACAGCUCUACCUACAACCUCACGUUUAGAAUUAUGUAACCGUCCACCCAAACCCAACAUUUGUGUUAAUGGUCACACCUGGACCCUGAUCCUCCUCCAGACCCCUGCGGUACCCCAUCACCCUCAGCAGCCAUGGCCGUUGAACCGUGGCCCUUCCUCACCACUCCACCCAACAUCUCCAUCCCGGAGCCCCUCCUGUACGACAGCUUCAUCCAGGGCAAUGAGUCCGACUUGGACCUGAACGUCACCGAGGCCCGGGAGCCUCACCAGGACAAGACCAGCUCCGUGGUCAUCACCUUCAUCUACUUUGUGGUGUGCGCUGUGGGACUGUGCGGAAACGCCCUGGUCAUCUACGUCAUCCUGCGAUACGCCAAGAUGAAGACAGUUACCAACAUCUACAUCCUGAACCUUGCGGUGGCAGAUGUUUUGUGCAUGAUGAGCCUGCCGUUCAUCGCUCUGCAGCUGGCGUUGGUGCACUGGCCGUUUGGAGAAGCACUGUGCAGAGUGAUCAUGACUGUAGAUUCUCUCAAUCAGUUCACCAGCAUCUUCUGCCUGAUGGUGAUGAGCAUCGACCGAUACCUGGCUGUGGUGCACCCUAUCAAAUCCACCAAAUGGAGGAAACCUCGUGUAGCCAAGCUGAUUAACUUAACUGUAUGGGGUGUGUCACUGUUAGUCAUCCUACCAACCAUGAUCUUCAGUGGCCUGAACAAAGUGCCCGUAUGUGGCAUCGUGUGGCCGGAGCCUCAAGAUGUCUAUUAUACAGCCUUUAUUGUUUACACCUUUUUCAUCGGAUUCUUUCUGCCUUUGGCGGUCAUCUGUCUGUGCUACUUGCUCAUUAUUGUCAAGGUGAAGUCGUCCGGCAUGCGAGUGGGUUCCACAAAGCGCAAACGAUCGGAGCGUAAAGUGACGAGGAUGGUGUCCAUUGUGGUGGCUGUGUUUGUCCUCUGCUGGCUGCCUUUCUACAUUUUCAACGUCACCUCAGUUACCAGCUCCAUCAACCCCACCUCUGCUAUGAAGAGCACUUUUGAUUUUGUGGUGGUGCUCGGUUAUGCCAACAGUUGCGCCAACCCCAUCCUGUACGCUUUCCUAUCAGACAACUUCAAGAAGAGCUUUCAGAACGUUCUGUGCCUGAAAAAGGUGGCAGGCUUGGAUGAAAUGGAGCGCAGUGACAGCCGGGCAGACAGGAGCAGGAUGGUUAAUGAUGCCAUCAUCAUCGGCGCUAACCUGGAGGCUCACAACGCUGCUUUACUCAACGGCGAACUGCAGACCAGCAUCUAAGGGUCAAGUUGUGCUGCAUAAUGAGGCCAGGAAGCUUCCAGAGAUAAGGACCGCUAGUGCACUGCCAGCGACCCCUUUUCAAAGAUGUGGGGGCAGAAAUAUGAUGUAAUAGCUGGACAGAAGCUCAUGGACAUUGACAGAUGAACAAAGUCUAUGUGAAAAGUAAACAAAGCAAAGUGGUUUUCAGAGGCUGGGGAAAGUACACCAAGUCUGAACUUCCUGAUAUGUAGGUUAAUGACGGAGUCACUUGAGACGGAGUGAAAUUACAUGUUGACAACAGUGAUUUUCGACAUUGUAAGGAUCAGUAAUGUUGAAAUCCAACAUAAAUACAUUUUCAUUAGCUGAAGGCAUUUGUGCUGACUGAAGCCGAAGCACCACAACAAGAGGCAGAGGAACUAUCUGCAGUGGGAACGGCAAGUGAAGAUCCUCAGUACACCCAGUGGUAUAGAAAUGUACAGUGGGAUUCAACAUUUUCCACCCCCUCCUCGAUGGAAUUUUCCAACGGGAGCUUAACAGUUCAGCAUUCAUCUCUCUAAAUGUCCAAUUACUCAUGCAGAGGUCGGACAAAUGCAGUACCUUAGUGGAAAACUGCCAAUAUAAUUCUCCUAAGAUGAAAAACAGAAACCACGACCCAAAGAUACGGACAUGUUUUAUUCAUACCUGCUGAUUAAUCUGGUUUUAUAUGAUAAACCAGACGACAAGACGGCAAAACACUGCACCCCAAGGCAUUUAUUUAUCGUAACAGAGGAUGCUCUUUUAGGUUCCGAGCUGGAAUUUCCAUCGGAGCAUUUGCAUUGAUCUGUAACCUUCAGUUCAACAUCCUGGAUUAUUGAUUAAGUGAAGUCAAGGG